AUGUUCUGCGACCUAGGCUGCGCUUGGGGUCGCAUCUCUCUCGUUCUGCGCGCAGCUGUCCAGCUGUGAUCUGAACGGGUCGUAGUUGUUGUAGGAAGGACUCAGGGAGACCCAGGAAACCUAGAAAUGGACUCAGUGGCCUUUGAGGAUGUUAAUGUGGAGUUCACCAUGGAGGAGUGGGCUUUCCUGGAUCCAACCCAGAAGAAACUCUACAGAGAUGUGAUGCAGGAAACCUUCUGGAACCUGGCAUCAAUAGCAUGUAUUUUAGAAGAAAAAUGGGAAGACCAUGACAGUGAAGAUUAUUAUAAAAAUCCUGGAACAAAUCUUAGCAGUCAUAUGGUAGAGAGACUCUGUAAAAGGAAGGAUGGUAGUCUUUGUAGAGAAACCUUCAGCCAGAUUCCAAAUCAUAAUGAGAAGAAGAAAACUCCUACUGAAAUAAAACUGCCUGAAUCCAGGUUGUGUAGACAAGUCUUCAUGCAUUAUUUAUCCUUUAAUAACCACAUGAGUUCUCACACUGGACCCCAACUAAACCAAUGUCAGGAAUAUGAAGAGAAGCCUUAUAAAUGUAAGGAAUGUGGGAAAGCUUUCAAGCAUAUCCGAUAUAUUCAUGUACAUGAAAAGAAACACAGUGGAGAAAGGCCCUAUGAAUGUAGAAAAUGUGGUAAAUCCUAUAGGUACUUAAGUAACUUAUGUCGACAUGCAAGAACUCAUAUUCAAGAGAAAUUCUAUGAGUGCAAGAAGUGUGGGAAGGCCUGGAGUUCUCUCCCCAUAUUUCAAAGACAUAUGAUCAAGCAUACUAGAGAUGGACCUUUUAAAUGUAAGGAGUGUGGGAAAGAUUUCAGGUGUCCAAGAAACUUUCGACGUCAUGAAAUGAUACACAGUGGAGAAAAGCCCUACGAAUGUAAGGAAUGUGGGAAAGCCUUCAGUUUUCUCAAGUAUCUUAAAAAUCAUAAAAGAACUCAUGAUGGAAAGAAGCCUCAUGAAUGUAAGGAAUGUGGGAAAGCAUUUCGUUAUCCCACUUCCCUUAAAAAUCAUGAAAGAACUCAUACUGGGGAGAAACCCUAUGAAUGUAAGCAAUGUGGGAAGGCCUUUAGUCGUCUCAGUUAUUUUCAAAUUCAUGAAAAAACUCAUAGUGACGAGAAACCAUAUGAAUGUAAGCAAUGUGGCAAAGCUUUCCGUUGUCUCAUGUAUUCUCGAGUACAUGAAAGAAUACACAGUGGAGAAAAGCCCUACGAAUGCAAGGAAUGUGGUAAAGCCUUCGGUUACUCAAGUAGUUUACAUAAACAUGUGAAAAGACAUUCUAGAGAUAAACCCUGUUGAUGUCAAGAUGUGGGAGAGCCUUCAUUUACCAUUCUGCUGUGAAGUCACAUAUAAUAAUCCAGAUUGGAGAUCGACCCUAGAAAUGUAAGGAAUGUUAGAAAGCAUUCAUUUCUUCCAGUUUAUCAUAAAGAAUGAAAGAACUCACACUGAAGAGAAGUCCUGUCAAUGUAAAGAUUGUAGAAGGGUUUCAGUCAUCUCAGCUCUUUACAAAAUCAUGAAAGAACUCAUGCCUAAGAGAAAGUCCACAAUUAUAAGGAAUGUGGGAGAGCCUUUCAUGGACAUGUAAGAACGUACAUGGAGAGAUAGCAUAUAGAUGUAGAGAAUGUAGAAAAGCCUACAGCUGUCCCCGUUCCUUGGAAAUGCCAUGAAAAAAGCUAACAGUGGAGAGAAUUCUAUUGAAUGUAAAGAAUAUAGGAAAACCUUCAUUUUGCCUGAUAGCACUACAGUACCCUGUGAGAAUGUACACUGGAUAGAUACAGUAUAACUGACAAUGAAGACAACCUUUUAAUUGUUAGCAUGCUUUCAGAGUAGCUUGAAAACUGCACUGGAAGGAAAUCAUAUUACUAUAACUAGUACUUGAAAGCCUGGUGCAAAUUAAUUCAUAUACUCCCCAAAUUUCACAACAUGAAAGAAAUGCUAUAAACGUUAGACGUAUAUGGUCAUUAUCAUGGACUCAUUCUUAAAGUGAUUGGUAUGGAAUUCUACUUUUGCAAGUAAACAUUGAGGUUAUAUAAUUCUGUAGGUACUCUUUAAGCCACAGUUUGUAAGUUUAGUAAGUAUUUUUUCCCCUUUUAGUCAGUUAAUAAAUAUUUUGUGUUUCAGUAUUGAAGUUUAUUACAGCCAUGGGUGAAUGGCAGUGGGUUACUAAUAUGAAAGUAGGUUUAACUUUUAUGGAAAUUUGUAAUUGUUCUGUAAGGAAAGGAUACUUGGAUAUUUGUUCAUUUUCCCUACUGGCCUCCUGUGGCAAGUAUUGAAUGAAAAUGCCUCGCCCACAUAUAUAUUCCAUCUUAACACAAAAGUGCCUUUUCAUUGCCUGAAGAGCCUUACUCCAUUUCCUCAUCAGUACAUGUCUUUAAUUUUUCAGUUACACUUGAUAUUCAGUAUUAUUUUAUUCAAUAAAUAUUUGCCAUAUAUUUACACGUACGCAAAGGUCAUUGUAGAGUCGAGUCCAUGUGAAUUGUUUCAUCUAUUGUCCUUUGCUUUUUAUGAUUGCUUUUGGCUGGGAUUUGGACUAUGGAGUUUGCAUUAAGAAGAGAAUACCUGUGAUAGGACAAUAAGAUCUAGAGUUGGAGAUGACCCUUCCUGGCUCUGUUAUGUCCAUGUGAGGAUGUUGUGUACUACAUUUUCCACAAUCUAUUGCCUUUUUGGUUGCGUGUUAGAAAUCACCAAGGCCUAACUUGAGUGCAGAAGUGAAAUAGGAUUAGACUGGCUUUGAAGCCACUUGUGUAAAGGAGACAGACAGAAGCAUAGAGCUUUUGUGUACCUUUGUUUUUGGUUUUCCUCAGUCUUUGCCCCGCCAGCCAAGAAUAUCCUGAAGACCACCAGUGACCCCUUCACUUCAUUGAUGUCAGGUGCAAGCUUUACAGGUGUGCAGAAGUCAACAGGAAAGGUCCCGCCUAGGUUGGGUUUUCCUGCAAGCCCAUAGGUGUCCAUCAUAUGGUGGCAACAGGUGUCGACUGUCAUGGUUGAGACUGUUUUGUAAAGGGUAGGCACUCUUCUCUAGAUUGUAUUUGUAUGAGGUCUCAUUUGACUAGUAACCACCUUGGCCUGUCGCUAUUACUACUGACUGUGAUUCAGAUCCCACUGUGACAGCGACAGUGGCGCAGUGCCAAGGAGCCGCGUGACAGUUUGUUCUUCUGCACACUGUGCAGUCCCUGUCUGAGGCGUCCCUCCAGGUGAGAAACAGCACUUACUUCGUUUCAGGCUCCGUCUGGAUGUUUCCUGUAACUCAGAGCUGCGUGUAACCUCCCAAUGUUUUCAGUUAUCUUUGGUUGUAUGUAAUUAAAAUUAUGUGCGUUUUCCCUCCAGUAAAUGCUUCUGUACUUAUUAAAGAACUAUUAACUGUUUCCCAAGCACUCUUAUGCUAAGAAUUAUUGUUGUGUUUAUUCUUUCCUCGGGGUAUAUUUAAAUAUCCCAUUGUAAUUAUGUAAUUUCAGAUCAACUUGUAACUUUUUCCAUUUAAUUAUACAUUGUGUCACAAUUAUAUGUGUACAAAUUCAGACAUGUUUUCCUCAAAUUACAUUUUAAUUUUAUAUACUUAUAACUUUUGACACAGACCUCUUUUUUAUUCAUCAAUAAUAUUUAAAACUUUCA